AUGGAGACUACAAACACCCAGAAGGCUGAGCAGAACACAGAAGCACAGAGUUCCCUUGAACUACAAAAUUCAUCUUUUCACUGCAUACAUGUCAAGUUAGAAGAACAUGAGCCUACAGACCUCAGCAUCAAGGAGCUCAUCCUGAAGAAAGCCAAAGAAGCCUGCAAGUGCAAUCACCAAAGCAUCAUCACCUUCUUCUGCAAGCUGUUCCCAGUGCUGGAGUGGCUUCCCUGGUACCAAAUCAAAGAGCAGUUGCUCGGGGAUGUCAUCUCUGGGUUCAUGGUGGCAAUAGUUGCCAUCCCACAGUCAAUAUCCUACUCCCUCUUAGCAAGCCAAGAUCCUAUCUAUGGACUCUACACUAACUUCUUCUGCUGUAUCAUUUACUUUGCUAUGGCCACCUCCCACCACAACAGUGUUGGCUCCUUUGGUGUCCUGUGCCUGAUGAUUGGGCAGUCGGUGAACCGGCAACUUCAGCUAGCAGGGUAUGGUGAAGAUGAUGCUGAGUUUGCCCUGCAAAUGAAUUCCACAUUCUCUAGCAAUGGGACGGCCACCUGUGAGAAAAGCUGCUAUGCGAUCACGGUGGGACUUUCUUUAAGUUUCCUUGUUGGUCUUUACCAGAUCCUUCUGGGUGUUUUCCAGCUGGGCUUCAUUGCUGUGUACCUGUCAGAACCGCUCCUGAGUGGCUUUGUGACUGGCUCCUCCCUGACUAUUCUUACCUCUCAGAUGAAGUAUCUCCUAGGGUUGAAAAUCCCUCGCCACGAAGGGAUAGGGUCUCUUAUCCUGACAUGGGUGGACAUCUUCAGAUACAUCCAGAACACCAACAUCUGUGACCUGGUAACUAGCUUGAUUGCUUUGGCUGUCAUUGUGCCAAUCAAAGAAAUCAAUGUCCGGUAUAAGGACAGGAUGAAGGCACCAUUCCCCAUAGAACUGGUGGUGGUCAUUGUAGCCACUUUGUUUUCAUAUUACCUUAACUUUGAAGGGCAAUAUAAUUCAGCUAUUUGUGGGACCAUCCCCACUGGCUUCAGGAAACCUACAGUACCAGAUGUGCACCUUUUCUCCAACCUGGCAAUUGAUGCUUUGCCCAUUGCCAUAAUUGGUUUUGCAAUGACCGUCUCUCUAGCAGAAAUCUUUGCCAAAAAGUACAGUUACGCUGUCCGGGCCAAUCAAGAGAUGAUCGCUAUUGGCAUGUGCAACCUGGUCCCCUCUUUUUUUUACUCCUUUGCCAGUUCUGCAGCCUUGGCCAAAACUCUGCUUAAGGAAUCCACAGGAAGCCAUACACAGCUCUCAGGUCUGGUCACCUCAGCGGUGCUGCUGCUGGUGCUGCUAUGGAUUGCCCCACUCUUUUACUCACUGCAGACCUGCAUCUUGGGGGUGGUCACCAUUGUCAACCUUCGGGGGGGCUUGCUGAAGUUUGUGGACACUCCUAAGAUGUGGCAGCUCAGCAAGGUGGACUCUGUGGUUUGGUGGGUCACCAUGCUGGCCUCUUCACUCCUCUCCACAGAGAUAGGACUCUUGGUAGGGGUCUGCUUUGCCCUCCUCUGCAUUAUUUUCCGCACCCAAAGGCCCAGAGCCACUCUCCUAGGCCAGGUCAGCAACACUGAAAUCUAUGAAGAUCAGUUCACUUACAAGAAGCUCAGCAGCAUUGCCAAUAUCAAGAUCUUUAGGUUUGAAUCCUCCCUUUACUAUGCCAACAAGGACUACUUCAAGAGUGUGCUCUAUCAGAAAACUGAAGUAAAUCCUGCCAUGGUCUCUGCCAAACAACGGAAAGCUGAAGCCAAAGCCAAAGCAACCAUGGCCAACAGUAACAGCUGCUUCUCUGCCAGGUUUAGCUGCUUCAAGUCUGCCAAGAACGGAGUCCAGAAAACAGAGGUUCCUGUUCACUCCAUAGGUAUACACACCUUAAUCAUUGACUGUGGGGCCAUGCAGUUCAUUGACACAGUAGGACUUUCAGUGCUGAAGGAGACCCGUCAGGACUACAAGGAGGUUGGUAUCCAGGUCCUGUUGUCCAAUUGCAACCCGUCUAUUCGGCGCCUGCUCCAGGAUGGGGGCUGGACCAGCAAAACAGAUGCUUGUGAGCACCUGGCUUUCCACAGUGUCCAUGAUGCUGUGCAAUUUGCUGAGAGACAGUUUGAGGAUAGCAAGGCAAAAGAGGCAGCUUUCCUUGACUCUGAAGUUCAGGACAUCUUGGAGGACCCAAAUUUCCCAGCUGAUCUGUAG